UUGUGUACAGUAAGCAAGUGUUGUGUACAGUAAGCAAGUGUUGUGUACAGUAAGCAAGUGUUGUGUACAGUAAGCAAGUGUUGUGCACAGUAAGCAAGUGUUGUGCACAGUAAGCAAGUGUUGUGCACAGUAAGCAAGUGUUGUGCACAGUAAGCAAGUGUUGUGUACAGUAAGUAAGUGUUGAUGGCAGCAGCAGCCACUCAUUGAAGAGGAAGGUGGAGAGGGCAGGGGUAUGGAGGCAGAGUGGUUGUGUCUGUGUAACCCAGCAGAGUCCCACUCCACACACGCAGGACCACCGCGCCACACAACACGCAGCGCCUCGGUCGAAGAUACCCACGCCUGGCUUCUUGCAGCGGUGUCCUCUUCCCUCCCGCAGCAGCAGUGACCUCCCACAGCAGCAGUGACCUCCCACAGCAACAGUGACCUCCCACAGCAGCAGUGACCUCCCACAGCAGCAGUGACCUCCCGCAGCAGCAGAGGACGCAGACAUGGUUCACGUGGGAGUUCUCUCACUGCUGGGGCUGGCGGCCAUGUUCCUGGCAGGAACGGAGGCAAGGUGCAGCUCCACUUCACAGAUCGAGUGUCACGCGAACACUCAGUGCAUCGCCAUCACCUCUGUGUGUGACUCCGGAAAACAGUGUAGCGACGGCUCCGACGAGGACCCCUACGUCUGUGAGACCUGGACGAGAAAGAGCCCACAGUGUAGCGUCGGACAGAUAUACUGUGGCGGCUGUCGCUUGAUAGCUGAUGCUUGUAAAAGGUCAGACUGUAACCCCCGGUUAAAUCCUCGUAUGUGUGAGAUGGUGAAAGCGGGUAAGCUGAACCUGCCGAAGGGGAUGAACAUGACCAGUGGGAUUGUGGCAGUGCUGACGACGUCCGUCAACACCUCGCUGAAGAACCAGAAGCGGGACUGUCCGAUGUUGUACACCCGGGUCGGCCAGCUCUGCCUCGCCCUCUUCUCCCCGGCCAAGGUCGGUCAAAGAAUAACAACAGCUGCAUAUGGCAUACUGAUCAACAUCCGUGUAUCCUUCAGAAACUUGGAAAAAGGCUUUCAGGGCCCUAUAUACAGCGAAGGGCUGACAACUGAUUUCUGGGUCGGUGGCCGGUUUGACUUGGAUACCAACGCUUGGUCGUGGACCGUGGACGAAUCUGCUAUGCCCCUUGGGUCACCCUACUGGGCGGUGAGGCACAGCAGCUCGUGUGUGCCGCGCCCCCCGCCCCAUACUGACCCCUUCAGCAACCCCCCUACUGCUCUACCAGACGCCCCCUGCUUCACCAACACCCAGGCGCCCGCCAAGCGUCAGGAGGGAUGGUAA